AUGACUCAUUAUAAAGAAAGCAUUGAACACGAACAAAGCAUUGAGGAAUCAAUUGAUGGAAAUCAAAUCAAUGACACUCCAUUGUAUAAAAGUAGUGAUUUUAUAUCUAAACCAAUUAAAAGUGAGAGAUGUACGAUGGGUGAAAAUAUAUUACAACUCCAUCAUUCAUUCGGUUACGAUUGCUGUUCCAAAAUGUUCAACAUUUGUGCAGCAGAUAACCACACAAUUCUGUACGCUGCAGGUAGUUAUAUCAACAUGUUUGAUAUAAAUGACGGACAAUUGAGUUUUAGAAAAAAUGCUGGUAACGGAGGAAUAGGAUACAUAAUUAAAAAUCCCGUUUUAAGCCAUAUAGCGGUAGGAGAAAAUUGUAAUAAUCCUCUGAUAAUUGUAUACGAAUGGCCAACGUUUGAAAUAGUUAGUGUUCUCGAGGGCAGUGCUAAACAACAAAUAAAUUGCUUGUCAUAUAGUCAAAAUGGUGACUAUCUGUGUUCACAAGCAGGAGAACCAGAUAACACUCUUACAAUUUGGGAUUGGAAAAAAUCAAAAAUACUCUUGAGGACCAAGUCUCACACUCAGGAUGUAUAUACUUGUAGAUUUUCAAACUUUAUACUCAACCAUUUGGUAACCGCCGGUUCAGGACAUAUAAAAUUCUGGAAAAUGGCCAAAACAUUUACCGGAUUAAAGCUUCUAGGUCAGCUCGGACGUUUUGUAAAAACGGAAAUAUCAAACGUCAUUGGAAUUUUCUCGAUGGCCAAUGAAAAAGUGAUAUCAGGCUGCGAAUGGGGUAAUAUUUUGGUGUGGGGAGAAAAAUUCAUCGAAAUCGAAGUGACAAGGAGAUUUAGACAACCAUGUCAUUUGGCGCCUAUCAUCAUGUUUUUACACUCCAGAUACUCAAGAAACGACGAGCUGUUGACAAGCAUCAGCAUGGAUGGGACGAUCAAAUUUUGGAACUACUGUAUCAUAGACAUGGCGGAUCCACCUGAAAACGACCGUGUGCUGGAAAUAGAACCAAUUUAUGAGAUUAGUGUCAAAGACUCUAUCAAUGAAUCGAAAAUCAUGGGUAUGUGCAAGACCGACGACAACCCCAAAGCUUAUGACUAUUUUAUUCAGGACGGCAAUGGGGGUAUGUGGCUCGUUGACAUCGAAAUGUCAACAAACGCGAAGCCCGUAAGACGGUUGGCUAAAUUCCACGGCGGAGUGAUUACCUCUUUGCAAUCAUCGCCCAUCGGUUAUUUCAUAGCUACAACGUCGUUGGAUGGUUGGCUCCACAUAUACGACGUAACCAACAAAAAAUUGGUAUUUACCCACGAUUUCAAGAUACCAAUCACUUCGUCGAUUUGGUUACCGCAGAAGAUAGCUUGUUCGAGGGAUAUCUUCAUAGUUGGAUUUCAGACUGGAGUUGUAAGAAUAGUCGCCGUUCCCUUUAAAAAAAAUAUAUUAAAUUAUUCAGAAAUAGAGGAAAUACAAUCCUCAAAGCCUCAUAAAAGUUCUAUCAGUUAUUUGUCAUUAAACAAUAGCGCCAGAAUUCUUAUAUGUGGAGGUGACGAUAAAACAAUAUUUGUUUAUAAAAUAAAAACGGGACCUAUAAAAUUGAGUCCAAUUGGAUUUUUUCCAUUACCCGGCAAAGUAACUUUUAUACAUUGGAAACCAUCAGAAAAAGAUAUUGCAUUAAUUAGUUGCGCUAGUGGGCAUAUCGUGGAAGUGAAAGUUCCUACAAGUCGUCCGUCGUACACCAGAGAUUCAUUUUUACUGAAACUUGAAUCGCGUACAAUACAAACAGUGAGCAUUAAAGAACAAAAUCCCGGUGUUGAAAUCGACGAAGAGUUAUAUUUUGAAGAUUCCGAAGAAGACGAAAAACCGCCGGAAAUCUUUAUUCCUCCGACACCGAACCCCAUAUUGUUCGCCAUGUACACUCCGUCGGAGAGCGGUAUAUGGGUGUCGAUCGAUGGAUACGACGCCGGUUAUCUGUACGAAUACGAUCUUAACACAUCUAGCCCAGUAACUAAUGCACACAUAUUAAUACCAGAUACGAAUGACACUCCGCUAACAGCGAUUAAAAUCGUUGGAACCGAUUCAUUAACAAUUUUUAUGGGAUUUGCUGAUGGUAGAAUACGUCUUACAAAUGUUAAAGACAAUAAUGUAUCAGAUUUCGGAGACUAUAUUGAAUACUCUGUUCACGAUAACAAAACAGGAAGAGUAAAUAUGUUGUGUUUAAGUCAAGACAAAUAUAUGUUAUACACUUGUGGCGAUGAUUGUAACAUUUUUAGUUUUAUGUUUCAAUGUAGUUAUAAAAACAUCAAUGAGCCGCCUCAGCCACCUGUAUUGGUUGAAAAAGAAAUUAUAAAUACCAAAGAAGACAGAUCGAUACAAGAAGAAAACACUUAG